CGACUCUGAAAGGAGUCGCAAGGAGCCUCUGAUGAGAGACAGACAGCAGAUCCGCUGCUUCAGAGACUGCGCCACCCGAACACCAACCCGAUGAGGAAGCGGAGGACGAGGAGCAUCCCUGGACCACAGUAAGCACCCCCGGAAAGCAGAGGAAGAGGGAGAGGGGGGGAGAAAGAAGGGGGAAGAGGAGCAGUCGGCUGUCCGGGACACGGAGCCUCAUCCCGGGGGGAGAAAAGCACCGACGCGACGCGUCACAUCACGUCCCCGCGCGCCGGGAUGACAAAGGCCCAGUGAAGCGAGGAGAGAUGUCGCAGAAGAAGAUCUUCCUGGUCUUCAUCGCCAUCAGCACAGUCAGUCUCCUGCUGCACCAUGGGGGCCACUUGAGCUGGACCAUGGAGGCCCUCCACCUGGGUUGCCCUGCCCUCCGUUCCCACCCUGCCCCUGGCCUGAAACCGAAGCACACCAAUGUGGCCUUCCUCAAGACCCACAAAACGGCCAGCACCACCAUGCAGAACCUGCUGUUCCGCUUCGCCGAGUGCAACAACCUCACGGUGGCGUUGCCCGUGCAGGCCUGCAGUCACCAGUUCUGCUACCCGCGCUCCUUCACCUCCCACUUUGUCCACCCGCACACGCUGCCGCCCAACAUCGUGACCAGCCACAUGCGCUUUAACAAGGCGGAGAUGCAGCGCCUGAUGCCCAACAACACCAUUUACGUCACAAUCCUGAGAGAGCCGGCCUCCAUGUUUGAAUCCUUGUUCAGUUACUACAACCAGUACUGCCAGAGCUUCAAGAGGGUCCCCAAUGGCUCCUUGGAGGCUUUCUUGGAGGAGCCGUGGCGCUACUACAGACCCGAUGAGAAGGACUCCAUGUACGCACGCAACACCUUGACCUUCGACCUGGGCGGAGACAAGGACCGCCCGGCAACAGAUGUGGCGUACGCGCGGGGCUUUCUGGCCGAGGUCGACAGGGUCUUCUCCCUGGUGAUGAUUGCCGAGUACUUUGACGAGUCGCUGGUUCUCCUCCGCCAUCUCCUCUCUUGGGAUCUGGACGACAUCCUGUACGUCAAACUCAACAUGCGGACGCCGAGCUCAAAGAGGAGCCUGACGCCGGGCCUUCCUUCAAAGAUCCGGGCCUGGAACUCCUUGGAUGCGCGUCUCUACAACCACUUCAACGCCUCCUUGUGGCGCCAGCUGUCGGCGCUGGGUCCAGCUUGCGUGGCGAGGGAGGUGAAACUCCUCCGGCGAGCCCAGGAGAGGUUGAUGAAGAGCUGCUUCGGUGGGCGGAUGCCGCUCCUCCGAUCUGCGGCGCAGAUCAAAAAUAAAGAUCUCCGCCCCUGGCAGCCUAGUGGCAAAGUUGACAUUGUGGGCUACGACCUCCCGGUUAACCUCAGCCGCGGCUUCUCAAGCCAGGCCCAGGAGCUGUGCCUCAAGCUCAUCAUGCCUGAAGUCCAGUACACGCGGGUUCUCCUUCGUACCCAAUCGCUGCGCUACCGCCGAGGCUACCAGCUGCGCCCUGCACAGCAGUCGCGUCCCCUCCAACAGCCCGUGCGCACGGCCCCGCCUCGGCAUCUUCAGGUGCAACGCGGCAAGCUGCCCGCGCCUGCGUCAGGGACAGGGUCCACCUCCACGUCAAAGCCUGCUGCGGGAACUCAAGGUCGGACCACCAAGUUAGGGCCUAAGUCCUCACAGACCCAGGCCUCACUGACUCAAAAGUAGACAUUGGAAUAUGAACUGAGGGCGGAAAAGACUGCAUCGUCCAUGUUGCUUGGUGGUGGCGGGCGUUGGCGGGUGUCCUGGGGAAGGAGUCUGGGUUGUUUUUUAAUCAAUGUCCCUUUCCAGACAAAGUUUGUGAUGAAAAUGAACGAGGGAGCAGGAAGGAGGGCGGGCGCUGGGGUGCCUCUUCCCGCUCUGAUCUGUGAAACAGCAUCAGGGUCGGCAGACACGAGGGCGGUAGAAAUCUACGCCGGGGCUCGGCUUGAUUGCACGCCUCUGCACUCCCGACUACAGCGGAUGGGAGAGGGUUUUAGGUGAAAGUGGUGCUUUGAAGCAAAUCUGUUAUGUGCGCCCGGGACUCAAUAGGAAAGAGGCGAUUUCGGGGUCUAUUGUGAGGCACAGAGUAGGCAUUGUGUGUAUCACACUGAUAUAGUGUCACGUUACUUACUGCUUUCAUUCUAUUUCUACAGCCCUCUCUCACUCUCUCUCCCUUACAUAUGCCACUUUAAGCCCCUGAGAGAGACAUAAUGACAUGAGAGAUCGACUGUCAGGCGUCCAAAGAGGUCAGACAGACAUCGAGAUCCCCUCAGACCAUUAACACAACAGCGCAAUCCAGAACUCUUCUUCUUCUUCUGCUCUGCGAAGACAUCUAAAAAUAUCUUACACAGAGCGAAAGUCUCAUGAUUGGAUGUUCAGUUGGGCCAACCAUUAUUGCGUUGACUCACACAGAGGUCUGAACUCACACAUCAAGCCCGUGUCUCUCCGGCUUUCUGACCUCGCUGGCUUCCUAACGGCAUCCACCCCCCUCCCCCGCCCUUCAUCCCCGCUGCUCACCCUCUGGUACCAAAGAGCAGCUCUGACAUCUUGUUUUCGCCAAACCUUUGAUUCCGGUCUCCCUCGGACCGCCGGCUGAGAUCGCAUCUCGCAGCCGAGAGACUUCAUUCCCCAAUGGCGGGUUUUAAUGUUCGUCUUAUCGCAAUAAGAUCAGCAGGCGUACGACAUACGUGGAUCAAGUGAGCUACCAGCGACCAGCACACGCUGGGAACACAAACGAAGAGGUACAACGCAUUGACAGGACAAAGACUUGGGGGCUGUGGGUCCCCCCCCCCGCCUACGAACGCUGUCCUUCGGGUUACGCGGCGUUCGCUUUUAUUAAGAAUGCAAGGAGCAGACGAAAGCUGCUACGACCACGUCGACGUGACCGGUGGGACCGCUGUGACCUCAAAAAUGUCCCCAUUUCUCUCAGCCGUGAUCCAUUUUUCAUCCAUUCCGCUCAUAUUUAAUGUGUCAUUUAUGUUAUUUAAUUCCUCCAGUGAUCAGCAGGACGCUGCUGAGUAACCGUGGGCGGAGGAAGGAAGUCUGUGUGUGUGUGUGUGUGUCUGUGUGUGUGUUUGUGUGCGUGUGUGAGACCCAGGAGGAGGCUCUUUCUGCUUCGUGUUGUAUUUUUUUGUCCCAGGGCCAUGCAAGUUGGCAUGGCAACAAAAGGAAAUAAUGUGGGUUAAAACUAUGUAUUAUUUAUAAUCGGGAUUUAGUCCCAUUACUGUAUUUGAAAUGUGACUUUUCAUGAAUCACUGGAUGAAGACCUUCAUAUGCUCAGCAUCCCACGUCCGGUGGAACGAUGCAUGUGGCGACGGUAUAAAAAAAUGAAUUCCACACAUGUUUCACAUAAUGCCACUUCUGAAAAACCGCACAUUGUAACGAGUGUAAUCGCAUUAAAAUGAAGUCUUCAUUCGGCCGUGCUUAAGUGCUCAACCGCACGGAGCUUUGUGGUUGGAGUGCGUCGCACUGUAAGUUGCGGUUAUGAAAAACACACAAGUGGCCGCUGCUCUGCUCGGAAUGAAAAAGUGCAGCGUGUUGAAAUCAGACAGGAGUGAAGGAUAAACAGUUGUAUUUAAAGUGGCUGUGAAUAUUUGAAUUCAAAGUGUGCUUACCCGAACUCACAGCGGAGCCUCGGCCUUGAACGCUCGAGACGCACAGCAGAUUUCUUUAUUUAUGUCUAUUUUUGAAACGUGUUUUUUGGGGGUUUAUUUCUCUUACAAAUCCCACGAAAAAAAGAGAAAACGUUUGACCCGACCUGUCGGUGGCACACAGCUGCAGGUGUAUUGCUUUGUGCUUUAAAUCUCACAGCAACACUUUCUUUUGAAGGCUCUAUAAUUCCCCGAAACAGCUGGCCAGUAGCUUUUAGCAGCUGUUGCUCAAACAGAAGAAACCGCGCGUUUGUUUUGGGACUGUUUCCAGCUGCGUAUGAAUACACAUUUCGUGCCACGCUGAGUGUGUUCAGCGGCGGCACUCUGAAUCGACAACAGUGCCCCUUUUAUUUGUAAUGAUGUGUGUGUUCAUUCAUGUGUUGUCGGGAGGUUUUUGGGGAGAUUAGAGGCUUGAUUUUGUUGUCGGUUCUUCUGCUUUCAUGGGAUUUGUGGACAGCAGGAUGAAUACAGAAUGAAACCAGCCUUUGACAUUGAAUCCGUUUGCCGACCAACUACAUUUGGAUGAGUUUGAAUUAUGCUGCUACACGUAAAAAGAAAACAUUUUGGCUGCGACUUGAAGUCUUGAACCGCUUCCAACCUGCUGUAAAAUAAGGAGUAUGUGUUUGUCACUAAUUCGGCUUUUUACAGAGACCGAAAGUCCAUUUGAUAAUUUGUUUAAAAAUGUCUGUGUUCAUCUAAUUUUGGACGCUUUGGAUCCCGAGACACUCGGCACAACACUUCGUUAAGCUCAUGGUGGAGUUCAGGGACUAUCAGCACAUUUCUUUAGUCGUUUGUAUAUUAAAAGGCAAAUAAACUAUCAAAAUGUCCGUGUCUGAAUGGGAGCCAGAAGAAUAUGUUUUGUUAUUUUCCGUGAACUACUCGCUUAUGACCCAUCCGAGGCUGUGAAUCUCUCUGAUCGCUGCUCUGAUUGUACAAGUCGUUCGCCCGGCUGUUUUUCUGUUUUUAUUUUUCUCAACGCGGCGAAGCUGUUGGGUUUUUCUUUUCUUCCGUACGCUGGGAAAUAAAACUUCUUUCUCGUGGUGUCAGGCACGUUUAUUUGGUCUCUGCUGAGCCGCCAUGUCGCAGGGAAGUGAAAUCGACGGGUUCAUUGCCGUUGGGGGAAGGUGACGUACUCAAUGAUUAUCUGACUGUAUUUCCCCAAAUGGCCACUUUUGAUCUGCUCAUCUAUUCCCCCCCCCCUCGUUAUUGUGGUUGGGUGCGAAGGUUAGGGCGAGUGAUGGGGCUCUGAUCAAAUGGCCAAUGACAAUCAGAGCUACGGGCCCCAAAGCUUUGUAAUGAUGGACUGUGAAUGUUACAAAUAAAGUUUGAUCGAUUCCAAUUCUUCUGCCCUUG